GUCAUAAACAAACGUCAUCAGAAUGUCAGCUGUAGUUGCUGAAACGGGAGAAAAAAAAAUAAACAAAACAUUCGAAAGAAUUUGCCUUUUACCACCAGUCCUACCCUACCGAGCGGUAAUUUCGCGGACAAAUUGUACCGGGCAUGCCGACUGCCACCGGUUGGACGUUUCAAAGCUUACCACCGAUCAACCAAACCAUCCAGUAAAUUCACAUUCAACCUUCUUUGCCGUGCUACACGGAGGUGUAAGUGUGUUGGGCCAAAUUUGCCAGAGAAGGCGGAUUGUGAAAUUCUUUCUAGAGCGUUUCCAAGAUCCAAUUGCAAGCAAUGCAGAAGAUAAAAAUGUUUGUAUCGCGCAAUCUGGUCACGAUCGUGAUGGUACCGUCGCUGAUCGGGUUGCACUGGGCCUGGGAUUCGCUGCAGCACAACAAAGCGCUCGUGUCCGACUACGAGCGCAAAGAUUUGCCGGUUGUCAUUGCAGCGAAAGCAUUGUGGCAGCGUAUGACGAAUAGCCAAAAGGAAUCGAACGAACAGCAGGAUAAAUCGCAGUAGCAGCGAAGCGUUUGCUGCUGGCUGACUGGACAACUGUUUGUUAAUGAUUCUUUUCUUUCUCGUGCAUUGCAUUGUAAUAGAAGAUGCCAUGUAUAGAAUAGAGGCAUGCAUAAGGAUAUAUAAAAACACUUGGUAGCGUUUAAA